GCGCUGGCUGUACUCUGGCGGCGAGCGAGGCCGCCCAGGCGGCCGCACGAUGGACUUGAACACCGAAGAUUACGAGCUCAACGGCGACCUGCACCAGGGCUCGCCAGGCUCCCCAGACGCCUCGCCACCUCGCUGGAGCAGGAACCGGCCCAUCAACGUGAACCAUUAUGCCAACAAGAAGAGUGCGGCUGAGAGCAUGCUGGACAUUGCGCUGCUGAUGGCCAAUGCCUCCCAGCUGAAGGCUGUCAUCGAGCAGGGCCCCAGCUUCGCCUUCUUUGUCCCCCUGGUGGUCCUCAUCUCCAUCUCCCUGGUGCUGCAGAUCGGUGUAGGCGUGCUGCUCAUCUUCCUGGUCAAGUACGACCUCAACAACCCUGCCAAGCACGCCAAGCUGGACUUCCUCAACAACCUGGCCACUGGCCUGGUCUUCAUCAUCGUCGUAGUUAACAUCUUCAUCACCGCCUUUGGUGUCCAAAAGCCCAUGGUGGACAUGGCGCCCCGGCAGUAGGGGAUCAGAGCCCCCAGAUCUCGCCAGAUAGUAGCAAACCAAACCUACCUUGGGGCCCACCACCCCAAAAAUGCCAGCGCCCAGGAUGGCCCCACCAGACUGCACCUCAGAGGCAAGCUGCAUGUAGUCAAACUACUCCCAGCACUCAGCCUGCUCUAUCCUAGGCAGCUCCUCCUGGAUCAGGGGGUAUGAGCCUCAAAGGACAGAACUGGAAAGUCCAAGGAAGGUCGUGGCUGCCACAGACGCUCAGAUCUGAGGAUGGACCAGCAAGGGACCAGGGCUGGCCGUGGUCUCAGGACAUUUACAGAGGGAUGAGGAAACACCCUGCCCUCUGCUAACGCAGCCGAGCCCCAGUCCCGUGUGCUGAAACCCGGGUGACCGCAGCCUUCAUGCUUCCUGACCGGGACUCCGUCGCCAGUCCCCCAGGUAGUAGCUGCUGGCUCAAGUUUCACACCUGGGCUCGAUGGCCACUGGGAGGUAGCCACCUGGUGACCCUGCAGAUACCCUCUACCAGCAGUGACGGGCAGAACCCCUGCCUCUCUUGGGGGCCAAGCUCCCACUUUUCUAAGCAUCAAUGAUCAAUAAAGCUGAUACUC